CCCCAUGAAAAGGUUGUUCGACCUCAAAGGGGUUGUGAACCACAAAAUGAGAACCACUACUCUAGAAGAUAUUACUAGAGGUUUCAGGAAGGAACAUAGGUAUCUUGGAAUUAGGAAGGCAUUUGUCAAGGAGGGAUAUUAGGAACAUUUUAUUUUACACAGGAUGUUGUAUAUAUAGAAAUAUGGACUGAAGUGAAUAGUCAUGUGGCAAUUUCUCUUUACAGCGACAAAGGCCUGAAGAGUCUGCAAAUGGGUCGGCAUCUUUAAGUCAGAGCUAUAACCUUGAGCUUUGGCUCAGACCUGAUGGCUUGAGCCUGCUGAUGUCCAGGCUUCUGGAAAUCCAGUGCCCAUAGAUGUGGGCUAAGGAAGAGCCCCGACCAUGGUCACUCUCAUCACGGAGAAGCUGCAGAACCAGAGUUUGGAUGACCUUACCCGCAGGGCCUGUGAGGCUGUCCCGUAUUCUGCUGAGAAACUGGACAAAAGUGGCCAUUUGUUCCCUUUGGAGAUUGGCGUGGAUAAAAGUCCCUGGAAGGCCUCACAUGGAGGAUGGCCCUUUCGAAGCCGGGCAGCCUCAGGCCCCUUCUCAGUGGGCCCACAUGGUGUGUCUCACACCGAAGGUCUCAAGUGGCAGCUGGAAUCCCCAGGGCCCAUGGCUGUGGGCCGCUUCCUGGACCUCCGUGAGAGCACAGGGCCACCCGCAGCUCCACCAACCAAGCGACACUGCCGGUCCCUGUCAGAGCCAGAGGAGCUGGCUCGAUGCCGUUCCCCAUGGCGCCCUGGUAGCUCCAAGGUGUGGACUCCCAUCUCUAAGAGGAGAUGCAACAGUGGCGGGAGUGCCACGCUGCAGUGCUGCAGCGGUCUCGGCAACCCUGCUCUGCAGGGCAGUCUAGCCCCCGGCCUACCCAGGAAGCCUGUGUCACCCACCGGCCCUACCUCACCGAUGACGCCCCGGCCAGCUUCAGCCAGCAGUGGCUUUGUGGAUGGCAGUGAGGGCAGUACGAGCUCAGGUCCACCCUGGCUUUCUACAGGACCCUGCCCGUUUUCCUCCAGGCGCCGACUGUCCCUCUCACAAGAGCACCUUGUAGAUGCAGGUGCCUGCCUGCCUUCCGCCAGCAGCACCCCCACUUCCACACCUGAGCUAGGCCGGCACCAUGGCCUGCUCCGGUGCCGCUCACAGCCUUGUGUGUUGGAUGGGAGGAGGGUCCGGCGCAAGCGGAGACGGGAGGAGGAUGCCAGGUGGACGCGCCCAUCCUUGGACUUUCUGAAAAUGACUCGGACUUUAAAAAACUCAAAGAGCCUUUGUUCCCUGGACUAUGAAGAUGAUGAGGAUGACACCCAGGCGAAGACGGUUGUGUCCUCUCCGUGUAACUCGCAGGGCCUCGUGGGCAUCAUCACUCCCAGCUCUAGCCCAAGGAUUCCCAGGCCUGGCCCUGCCAGCCCCAGUGUCUGGGCUUCAGGGGAGCCAGAGGCUAGCACGGGUGAAGGUGGGAGCAGUGGGGAACCCAGUGACUGGGACAGUGCAGGAGAGGAGGGCAUUUUCCCGCUGGACCACGGCGACCUGGACUUGGAGCAGAUUGAGAACAACUGAUUUUGGCUGAGCAGUGGCUGCUGUCUGUCACCUUGGUGCCUGACCAGUGGAAAGAACUUGUGUGUUAUUUUGAAAAUUGAGGUGUAAUUUUGAUUCAGUUUUUCCUAAAGAAGUAUUUUGCAUUUUUAUGGCUUCUACAGUUUGGGAGAGCAUCUCUAUUUUGAAAUGGGUUUUCAGAGGGCAUUCUAUUAAACAUGGUUCUACAUACA